GCACCUGACCUUCGGGAAAGGGAGUGAUCAUAUGACCCAUGCUCUCCACUCGGAGCUGGACUUAGUUUCGUGUUGGUAGUGUCCUGAUGGCUUGGUGUGUGGGUGUAUUGUUCUUGCUCUGUGUGCAGGGCCUGGCCACCGCUGUGGCCGACACUCCAGCGAACUGCACCUACCAGGACUUGCAGGGGACCUGGGUGUUCCAGGUUGGGCGGGAGGGGCAAGACAGAAAUGUUGACUGCAGCAAAAUGGGCCCUCCUGUGAAGCAUGUGACUGUACAUCUCCAUAAGCUUGAUGUUGCUGAAGAUGAUUUUGGGAAUGUUGGUUUCUUUACCUUAAUUUACAACCAAGGUUUUGAAGUAGUCCUUGGUGGUUACAAAUGGUUUGCUUUUUUUAAGUACAAGAAAGAAGGUUCAAAUGUAACCAGUUAUUGUCACGAAACGCUUCCUGGGUCAGUACAUAAUACAUUGGGUCAAAACUGGGCUUGCUUUGUUGGAAAGAAAAACACUCGGAAUGUUCGAACUAAUGUUGUUCCUUCGGAAAAGGAUCUGUUGCAUCUGUCACAGAGACCUUAUAAGCCUAACUUGGACUUCAUCAAAGCAAUAAAUACUGUACAGAAAUCUUGGACAGCUAAGCUUUAUGAAGAGUAUGAAAAAUUCACCAUUCAAGAACUGAUUAAACGAGCGGGUGGUGUUAACUCAAGGAUUCCAAGGCGUCCAAGACCCAUGCUGGUGUCAGAGGAGAUGCAGAAACUUGCAGACACUUUACCAGAAUCCUGGGACUGGAGGAAUGUUGAUGGAGUGAACUAUGUUACUCCUGUUCGAAAUCAAGGCAGUUGUGGAAGUUGCUAUUCCUUUUCUUCCAUGGGAAUGCUUGAAGCCCGUAUUCGUAUUCAAACAAACAACACACAAACUCCGAUCCUUAGCCCACAGCAGAUCGUUUCCUGUAGUCAGUAUUCGCAAGGAUGUGAUGGUGGAUUUCCCUACUUAAUUGCUGGAAAAUAUGCCCAAGAUUUUGGUUUGGUUGAAGAACAUUGCUUCCCUUAUGUUGGAAUGGAUACUCCUUGCACCAUUAAGAAAUCUUGUUACCGUUACUACACUUCUCAGUAUUAUUAUGUGGGUGGAUUUUAUGGGGCUUGCAAUGAAGCAGCAAUGAAACUGGAGCUGGUGAAAAAUGGUCCAGUAUCUGUUGCCUUUGAAGUUUACGGCGACUUUAUGAAUUACCACGGUGGGAUCUAUCACCACACUGGAUUACGCGAUUCAUUCAAUCCCUUUGAGCUUACUAAUCAUGCAGUGCUGCUCAUUGGUUAUGGUAGUGACUCUCAAACAAAAGAAAAUUACUGGAUUGUUAAGAACAGUUGGGGAACACAAUGGGGCGAAAAUGGCUAUUUCCGAAUUCUUCGAGGCAGCGAUGAAUGUGCGAUUGAAAGCAUUGCUAUAGCAGCCACUCCAAUACCAAAACUUUGAAAAUAAUGAAACCUACUUCCUGGAAACAAAAUUGAGAAAUAAAUUUGAAUUCUGAAUCUUGCUUUUAACUUUAGGAAAUUCUGCAUAAAUGUGCCUUUUAAAAAUGCUUCAGAAUUUUAAAAUGGAGGUUUGACUGCUAGCAUUGCCUCAGAACUGUCUGGUAACUUUGGCAGCUUUCAUUGAGCAUAUUUAACAAAGUGUUGUUUUUAACAAUGGCUACUUGCCACUGGGAGAAAGCUGUGGUAUAAUGCCAUCUGUCUUGGUGUGCAGUGCUGACUGGUACCAGGCAUACCAAAAUCUUUUGUAAUAAAUUGGUGGGGUUUUGAAUUCAUUUCUGAAACCUUUAUUUCCUUGACACUUUUCUGGACUGAAGUGCGCAUAUUGUGGUCUAAAAUACGUUUUUUUUGUAAUUGUCAAUUGAGACUUAAAUGUUGAGCCAUCUCUUGAGGAAUAUGGCAUAGAUACUCAAUGUUAAGUAUGAUGUGGAGGUGCUGGUGUUGGACUGAGGUGGACAAAGCUUAAAAAAUGCACAAUACACAGGUUAUAAUCUAACAACAGGUUUAUUCAGAAGUAUAAGCUUUCAGAACUCUGCUGCUUUCAGGUAGCAAGUGAGGUAGGAUCAUAGGACACAAUUAACUAUAAAUUCUGUCCUACGAUCCUGCCCAGCUAGACACCUGACAAAGGAGCAGUGCUCCGAAAGCUACACUUAAAAAUACUUAAUGGCUUAUAACCUGGUGUUGUGAUUUUUAACAAUGAGUAUGUUCUCGAGUUUUAUUUUAUCACUUGACAUAAGAGUACAUUAGGAAAGAUCGUGUUACACUAACUCUCUUUGAUUUUAGGUGAAAUACCAAAUUUCUUCUACCUCCUACACACAAGCAGGGCUUAUUGCAACCCAUGAAAAAUCUGUAUCAUGAGUUUUUAAAUGCUUUCUGCAACUUGCUUUCAAUUUGAAAUGCUUUCCUUAAAGGGAAGUUUUAGUCAUUAAAAUAUUUUCCUCGCCUGGGUAAUCAAGGAUGCAAAAUAUGAUUCAUCCAUAAUUUGCUCUAAUCAUUUGUUCCUGUUCAUCAUGGGUAAAAAUCAGGGAAAUUGCCCAUACUGCACCUAAAUUCAAUUGAAGCAUGGCGAAGCCUCAAACUAACUCACCAGCUAUGGAAAAUAUUGUUUUGCAAAUAAUGGAUAACUUUGUUAGAUAUAGUGGUUUAUUGGCCUAAAUGCCAGGAGAUUUGUGCUUUGUGGAUUUUAAAUGUCUGAGAUAUAAUGGAAAGUUAGGUUCUUUUCACUAUUUGCAUUGCUGAACAUGAGUUGCUUGAAUUCCACUUAGCACUUUAACUAGGUUACUGGGAUUUCUAUGACUAUUACAUAGAUUGUUUCAAUAUAUAGGAACUGACCCUCAAAAUUAACUUUGAAUUCCAGCAGAGAACUUGUAGUGAAGGCAAUUUUUCUUAGCUUGUGUGUGAAUAAUGCCUAAAUGUAUUGAAGUUUCAUGGUCAUUGGACAGAAAAAUGUUCAGUGACAUUUCCAUUCCUCUACUGAUACUUUUAUUCAUAAAAACAAAGAUCUGUCAACUGAAACAAUCUAAUUUUUUCUGUAAUAUUAAUGCUUUGAGUAAUCAAGAUAAAACAUGCUGCUACCUUUUUAACACCAUUUCUUGAUCUUCACCAAAUGAAGGUGUAAGGUACAUGCCAAUUUGAGGAUGAAAAAUUCUGGUCCUAUCCAGUGGUACGAAUGAGGAGUAGACUCCUUUACAACAGCUGCACCAUGAUUGGACUGAUUGUGGCCUUGACUCCACUUUCCAAUCACUUUUUGGCAAAAAUCUAUCUACUUGUGUCAUGGAUUUUGUUUUACUUGUCAGAGGUAUACAUCACAGUGGGGGCAGGUUCCUCUGUAAAAGCAUGAUUAAUGUGGACACACAAUGUUUAAAUCUUGCCUGCCUUUUUUCAUUUUCCUCUCCAAAAAGAAUAUUGCUUAUCUCAAUGACUUUACAUUAGCAGUAUGUGGAGAAUUGUAGGUAAGAUAUCAUCACUUACACCAUAUUUUAAAAUGUAUUUCAAAAUGCUACAAUCGUUUUUUGUAUACAUCUACUUAUGCUUAGAACCUAAUGCGCAAAAUAUCAAUCCAAAUAUUAAUAUCAAGGUUCUCUUUGUAUGCUGUGAUACUUGAGCAAGAGUCUGAAUGUUUGCACGUGGUGAUUUGCUAUCUCUGUAAAAGCAAUAAAUGUACUGUAUUAAUUUAA